GCCACACAUGGGGCCAUCAUAUACACAUACAUAUACUGAUGAAGGUUAAAUGAAAGGUCCGCCAAAUGUUCUUUUGAACCGUGUUAUGUCUUGUUAACGUCUUGAUGCAGGACCCGCUCAACAAAAGUCCACUUUGCAUUCGCAAAAUGGCAACUGCAAGAAGUAAACAAUCAAAGAGUAAUCGGAAUCUCACUUUGACUGCUGUGGCACUUCAGGAUCAUUUGGCUAAAACGUUGAAUCUGAAAUACGGGUUAUCUUUGUCUAAAGGGAUUUCGAACCAGAAUACAGUCAACUUGAAAUCAAAAAAUAUUGUCUUUAAGAAAGAUACAAAGAAUCUUAACAAAGAAUUCGUAAUAAAAUCAGCUUCCCAAAAUGUCGCAAGGAACGUGACAUUGGCAGAAAAACUGGGUAUUGUAGAGUGUGAAGAAAAUCCUUGUUUGAAUGAAGAACAAUGGGCAAUUUUAAAGAAAAAAUCUAACUCAAGAGGUGAUUCGUCACAACCAUGUGCAAUAUGUAAGGAUAAUUAUAAUCAAUUUCGACAGCAAAUAUUAUUAUCAUGUAGUCAUGUUUUUCAUCGCCAAUGCAUAGCAUCAUUUGAAAAAUACUCAGGUAAAGCUAUUUGUCCUAUUUGUCGAAGAACAAACUAUGAAAAAAGAGUAAUAUUUGAUGGUUCAAUAAUUACUUUAAACAGAUCUGCCACUGUGAUACAAAAACACUGGAGGCGUUAUAUUAUACAAAAAAGGUACAUUCAACUUAGAGAGAAAAUACCACCAAGUGACAAAAAACUUAGAAGAAAGUAUUAUGAGCAAAAGUUCUUAAAACUUUCUGAUAAACUUGUUGAAUCAUACGACUAUCACUACGAAGAUGUGUCCCACUUUAUUGAUUCGAUUGACCAAAAUUUGGUUUCUAGCAAAUCUGUAAUGAAGAGAUUUACUGAAAGAGACAUGCUUGAAAAUGAGUGGGAAAAUAUUCAAAUUAAAGCUAUUAAAAGAGGCAAAAAGGAAUGUCCAAUAUGUUUGUCAUUGCUAAAUGAUGGAAGCAAGGGAACCAUGUUGUUAUCAUGCACACAUGUUUAUCAUAUGCAAUGCCUUUUGGCUUACGAACAAUAUAAUAAUAAGCAUGAGAAACUUUGCCCAGUGUGUAGAACAGAAUAUAAUAAAAGGAGUUUUUAGGUUUGAAACAAUUGUGUGAAGUAUUAACAUAACUUUCUUUCUGCUUAAAAAUAGGGGUGUUAAGGCAGAUUUAUAGUGAAGAAUAUGAAAAAUUGAAUUGAAUUCUACUUUUUUAUACAAAUAAUCUGAACGGUCAAGUUUGUUGAAAAAAACCAACUAAUUUUGUUACAUUUGGUGAUAUUGGUGAUAUUUUUGUGUAUUAAGAUCAAUAGAAGGCAAGUGAGACAAGUGUUGGCUCACUUGUUCCAAAUAUUGAAACUUUAAUUUAGGAACAUACAGCUUGAUGUUGUCUGCCCUGGUUGGGGAAAGUUUUAACGCAGUACCCAAUCAAUACCUGACGAGAAGAAAGUGUUUAAAGAAAACACUUUUGCGGCUGUUGUAAAAAUUUUAAAACAUUACUCCUGCAAAAUUUUCUAACUAGAAAUGGUCCAUGAGGAUUUUAAGGUAAUCCAAUAAAAAUAGUCAGAAAUUUGAAAAAGGUAAGCUUGUAUUAAUUAAAAUGCGUUUUCUUACAUGACUGACCUUUUAAUAAACAUGAAACAUUAUUAAAAUUAUUGGAAUGCAAAUAAACAAUGAAAAAUAUCUUUAUUUUCGUCGACCCGUAAAAGUAAUCUCGUAAAAAAUAUAAUUUUUCAGAACCUUCUUGUUUAAUAAUAUGAAAUCGUUUGAAUUUUCAAAACAUUAUUAAAGCAACCAAAACUAAAACAAAAACAAAAGAAGACAAAGACGAACAUCGUUCGUUAUAGAUAUCGCCCGUAACAAAACAACGAGAGUGCACGUCUUCUCAUAAUGCGAAUAAUAUCCUACUACCGUGUCUGAUUAGUAUAGUCAAUUAGUAUAGUCUGAUUAGGAUAGUCAAACUUUGAGAUUUACGGCCGAACGUCAUAGCACUUGGCCGAACGUUUUGAUGUUCUACCGCAUAUCUGCAUGUCCGCAAGAGUCCGAACGUUUCAAAUUAAACAUUUCAAAGAAUUUGGUCUGUAUAUUUACUGAGCUUUAAAAGUCAAGCCGGGUUUUUGUGAAGUGUUUAAAUUUUCUACGCCUUACGGAUUGAGUCUCACCAAAGUUUGUCGAACAAGUUCUCUAGAAACAUUGAUGUUAUAUUUUAAACAUAUCAAUUCCAUCAUUUUACUGUAGCCAAUAUCUGUUUUAGUGUUUAAUUUAAGUAAAAGAACAUAAUUUCUUAGCAUCGAUAUUUUGCUUUGGCUUAAUGGAACAUUAUGGGGGUUGUUUAUUAUACCACAUACU